GUGGAAAUUGGAUCCAACCGAAAGAGGUGAUUGGCCAAAAGCAAAGAAAGAAAAAGAGAAUCAAAAAGAGGGAAAAGAGUGAGAGCUUUUAAAGGCCACAAGGGGAACUUGUGGUUGAGAAAUUUUCACCCACUCCUCCUGAUGACGUGGCAAACCCACCUGUUUGGACGGAUCAAGAAAACGUACAAUCUACGAGAAAACGACGACGACUACGCCCACUCUCACUCCUCUACAACGUGUCAGAUCUCUCUCUAGCAUUUCUCAGCUUUCUUCAUUCUGAUAGGAAAAAAAAAAAAACAAAAAAAAAAAAGAGAGAACAGGGUAAAAACCAGGAGCAGAAAUGUCGGAGCCAAAAGACCCGGCGAUCAAGCUCUUCGGGAUGACGAUUCCAGUUCCUGAGGUCUCGGUUAGCUCCGGUUACUCUCCCGGAGCUCCACGUUCUUCUUCUUCUUCUUCUGCUCCUGUUCUUGAGGAUGGUAAGGAUCAAGAACGUGCUUCUUCCUCUAACUCUUUGAUUGAGGCUAAUACCAACAGAGAUGGAGAUGAACGAGAGGUCGACAUGGACUCAUUGAGAGAAAAGCAAACCGAGACUACACUGGAAGAUGGAGCCCAACCUCUGUCUUCAGAAGAUUUUAUGAAUCCAGAUCCAAUUCCUGGAAUAGGUGGGAACCCAAAAACACCAUCCGUAGAGACGGGAACUGCUACAUUAAAAUCUUCUAAGAGUGAAGAAGAACAGAGUGAGACAAGUAAUUCACAAGAGAAGACCCUGAAGAAACCAGACAAGAUACUUCCAUGCCCGCGCUGUAAUAGCAUGGACACCAAGUUUUGUUACUACAACAAUUACAAUGUUGACCAACCCCGACACUUCUGCAAGAAUUGUCAGAGAUAUUGGACGGCUGGUGGGACCAUGAGGAAUGUGCCUGUUGGUGCUGGUCGUCGCAAGAACAAGAAUUCUGCUUCUCACUAUCGUCACUUAACUGUCUCUGAAGCUCUUCAGAAUGCUCGAACUGAUGUUCCAAAUGGAAUCCAUGGACACCAUCCUUCACUGAAGUCGAAUGGCACUGUCCUAACCUUUGGCUCAGACACACCUCUUUGCGAGUCAAUGGCUUCUGUUUUGAGCCUUGCUGAUAAAACUAUGCGGAACAGUACACGAAAUGGAUUACAUAAACCUGAAAAACUUAGGGUUCCAGUUACUUAUGGGGGUGGAGAAAAUGGAGAUGAUCCUUUGGGUGGAUCUUCAGUUAUAACAACAGAUACGAAACAUGAGGAAUGCAAAACUGGGUCACAAGAGCAAGUCAUGCAGAAUUGUCAGGGCUUUCAACCUCAAAUGCCAUGUUAUCCUGGGGCUCCUUGGCCUUAUCCCUGGAAUUCUGCUCAGUGGAGUCCUCCAGUACCGCUGCCCCCCUUCUGCCCUCCAGGCUUUCCAAUGCCAUUCUACCCUGCUGCAGCUUACUGGGGUUGUAGUGUGCCAGGCACUUGGAACAUCCCUUGGCUUCCUCAGCCACCAUCUCCAAACCAGACUGCCCUGUGUUCUGGUCCUAAUUCUCCAACAUUGGGGAAACAUUCAAGGGAUGAAAAUACACUUAAGGCCAACUGCUCUGGGGAAGAGGAGCCGCCUAAAGAAAAUAAUGCUGAAAGAUGUCUCUGGAUUCCAAAGACGUUGAGAAUUGAUGACCCAGGAGAAGCUGCAAAAAGCUCUAUAUGGGCAACACUAGGGAUUAAGAAUGAUAAAGCUGAUUCGUUUAGUGGGAGAGGACUCUUUAAGGCCUUCCAAUCAAAGAGUGAUGACAAGAAUCACGUAGCUGAAACUUCUCCCGUAUUACAAGCCAAUCCGGCAGCAUUAUCUAGGUCAUUCAACUUUCAAGAGUCCUCGUGAUCUCAUGCUUUAAGAAGCAGUUGGUUUCUAAACAAAUCAGAUGGAUCAACGACAAUCAACUGGUCCAUACAGAGUUACACCAACUUUUUUCCUGACGGUCACAUGGAUUCUCCUGCCUCGUCUCUUUGGAUCAAUUACCAAAGCUGUUCAAUGGAAGAAAAGCAUUGGAGGAUUCUCCUGCCAUUCCUUGUAGGAGAAGACAGCGAUCUUACUUUAGGUGAAGUAGCCAUUAUUUUUUUUUUGUUUUCCUUCUCCUGGGUGCUAGCAUAAACAGACCCAGAUCACCCUUUUUUGUUUGCAUUUAGAUGGUUUGCUGAGUUUAUGUACAUAUUUCUAUGGUAUAACAGUGAUAGCUGCAACAGCUUGAGUUUGUGUAACAAAAUCCAUGAUGUACUUAAAUAAUGUGGAAUUGAAAGCAAUGUCUUCUAUGCUUUUUUAUUUGAUUA